AUGCAUAAGGUAUUGGUGCCAAGUCAUUCUAGUGCUCAUCGCUUUGCUUGUUUUGCGCUCUAUCGAGCGCUUCUCCGGCAAUGUCCUGCAACCAAUACUACAUCAUGGCAGGGUGAGAGCAGGUCUCUUGUGAAAAAAAAAUUUCGACGAUUCCAAAAAUUACAGAGCCCUUCUCAGACAACCAAUGCACUGAAGGCAGGCUAUGAGGCUCUAGAUCUCUUAUCCUCUGCAUCUGGGGGCAAUCGCCGCGAUACACAUCAGAUAACAACUCUUCUUGCUCAACACAAGUCACAAAAAGAAAAACAUGCCGCAAUGCAAAGGAAGUCUGGGUCCGUAAAGCCUGUCAAACCCUUGUCGGACAAGAAGGCUCGAAAGGCAGAGUCAAUCCGCUAUCAGCAAGAGACUGCACGACGGCAUCCAAAUGCUACACCAGUUCUAUCCCGUCCUCGGCCGCUGGGGUCCCUCGGGGACAAAAUACGGAAAGUCCCAGUCCUCGUGAAUGCGCGCGGAAUCCCACUCCUGCGCUUCAAGAAGCCACAACCGAGAAACCUUAGCGACACACUACGCAAAAAGUUACAUAACCGCUGGGUCUGGAUUAUGCGUCGGGAGAGGCUACAACUCGAUAUACUGUUCGCCAAAGACGAAGACGAAUGGGACCGCAUGACCCAGACCAGAGAGCGAUCUACCUGGGUUCAGCCUGUUCAAGAGUCUCUAGACGAUGUCUGUGACAAGGUCAUACGUUGGGAUAUGAAGAACAAAGAGAAUGCAGAGAGUAUGUGGCGCGUCGUGUUGGCCGAAAGAGCUUUGGCCGAAGAAGAAGCAAGGCAAAGACAGGAAGCAAUUCAAAAUCAGCCAAAGCACUGA